CGCAUCAAACAACCUAAGCCUAUUCUCUCUCGAUCUUGAAUACUUGACGAAACCUAGGUCAUGGCUGGGAUGUACGGUCAGGAAGUAGGGGAUGGUGCUCCGCCGUCAUACCCCGGUGGUAGUGGAGGAUACGAAGGUGGCGGAGGUGGUGGCGAAGGAGGUGGAGAUGGAGGCGGAGGCGGUUAUGGUGGUGGCCGCGGUGGAGGUUACGGAGGCCGGGCCGGCGGCAGAGGAGGUGGUGCUGGUGGAGGAGGUGGGAAUUCUCAAAAUCGAGGAGGCGGGGGAGGGUAUCAAGGAGGAGAUCGCAGUGGUGGGAGAGGCGGCUUUGGCGGCGGAAGAGGUGGGGGACGCGGUGGCAGUGGCAGAGAUGGUGAUUGGCUUUGCCCGAAUCCUAGUUGUGGAAACAUGAACUUUGCAAGAAGGGUUGAGUGUAACAAAUGUGGUGCACCCUCUCCUGCGGGUGCUGGUGAUCGUGGUGGUGGUUAUAACAGGGGAGGAAGUGGUGGAGGGUAUGGUGGUAAUCGUGGUGGUAGGGGAGAUGCAGGUAGAGGUGGCAGCUAUGAUAGUAGUAGGAAUAAUAAUUAUGAUGGAGGUAGGGGUGGAAAUUAUGAUAAUAGGAGUGGAGGCAGAUCUCAUGGAGGUAGUCAGGGAAGAGAAGAUGGGGGAUAUGGUCAAGUUCCUCCUCCUGCACCUCCAUCUUAUGGUGGUACUGGUGGUGGCAAUUAUCCACCUCCUCCUAAUGCUUAUGGUGGGAAUGCAAAUUAUGGAAUGGAUGCAGUUCCUCCUCCCACAAGCUAUGCUGCUGGACCCACGUCAUACCCCCCAUCUUAUGGUGGUUCUGUGGGUGGUUAUGGUGAUAGCCAGUCUGGCCCUGCGGGUGGAUAUGAAGGUCGGUAUGUUGCUGGUGGCCCUCGACAUCAGGGAGGGGGUUAUGGUGGCCCUCCUGUUGAAGCCCCUAUGAUCAAGCAGUGUGAUGACAACUGUGGAGACUCUUGUGAUAACACAAGAAUAUACAUAUCAAAUUUGCCACCAGAAGUGACUGCAGAAGAACUAAGAGAACUGUUUGGCGGCAUUGGACAAGUUGGAAGAAUCAAGCAGAAGCGUGGUUAUAAAGAUCAAUGGCCAUGGAAUAUUAAAAUAUACACAGAUGAGAAGGGGAAUCAGAAAGGCGAUGCAGUUUUAUCUUAUGAAGACCCUCAAGCUGCUCAUUCUGCUGGCGGUUUCUUUAACAAUCAUGUUAUGAGAGGCCAUACAAUCAGUGUCACCAUGGCGCAGAAGACUGCACCAAAAGCAUAUGACCAUGGAGGUGGUGGGAAAGGUGGUUAUGGAGGUGGUGGUGAUCGGCGCCGUGAUGGUUAUAGAGAUGGGGGUUCUGGGCCAGAAAGAAAUCACUAUGGGGGGAACCGUGCACGUCCAUAUUGAGACUUUUGGCUCCAAGCAUUUUAUGUACUAAGAUUUGGGAUCUAUGGGUUUUAGUUGUAUGUUCCAUUGGCAGCUUGUUCUUGAACAGUAGACUAAGAGAGGCUAGUGGAUUAACUCCAAAUUGCUUGCUGCUAAGGUAGGUUGAUAUUUUCAGGUGAGUGCCUCUCCUUAAUCACACAUUUCUCCUGUUUGGAAAUUGACCUAUGGUGCUGGAUUUGUAUUUGCUUAAAUUUCAUCAUUAACACCAUUUGGUGGAACAAGCCUGUGAAUGAUACACAAUGGAUGUCCUGAUAUAUCUAUCAUCAUUAUCAUGGAUGUUUGUUUCAGCAGAUAAUUAAUCAUGAAGUGAUAAAUUUGUUGAGACAUCUGUCCUUAGAUUUUGCAUUUCUGGCAUAGUAUGAGUCUUGGAGUUCAUUAACAAUAUG